CCGGCCCAUCGGUCUCCUCGCCAGCGCCACCGCCAUGAGCCAGUCCCGCGCUGUCACCCGCUUGCGGACCGUGCUGGCACACCUCGGUGGCCCCCGGGCCAAGGCCGUCGUAGCUCACCCCAUUUCAAAAUCUAUUUCCUCUGCCAAUGUCCAUCCUCAGCAAUUCCAGUAUACUCUGGAUAAUAAUGUUCUAAGCCUGGAACAAAGAAAAUUCUAUGAAGAAAAUGGGUUUCUUGUCAUUAAAAAUCUAGUAUCCAGUGCUGACAUUCAACGCUUUCAGAACGAGUUUGAAAAAAUCUGCAGACAGGAGGUGAAACCACCAGGAUUAAAUAUAAUGAGAGAUGUGACCAUUUCGAAAUCAGAAUACGAUCCAAGAAAUGAAAACAUGGUUUACAAGGUCCAGCACUUCCAAGAAGAUAAGGAGCUCUUCAGAUACUGCACUCUCCCUGAGCUUCUGAAGUAUGUGGAGUGCUUCACUGGACCCAAUAUUCUGGCCAUGCAUACAAUGGUGAUAAACAAACCUCCUGAUUCUGGCAAGAAGUCAUCCCGUCAUCCCUUGCACCAGGACCUGCACUAUUUCCCCUUCAGGCCCAUCGAUCGCAUCGUUUGCGCCUGGACAGCGAUGGAGCACAUUGACCGCAACAAUGGUGGUCUGUGCGUGAUCCCGGGCACCCACAAAGGCCCCCUGCAGCCCCACGAUUACCCUCAGUGGGAGGGGGGAGUUAACAUAAUGUUCCACGGGAUCAAGAACUUCAAGGACUACGAUGCCCGUGUACACAUUGAGUUGGAGAAGGGGGACACUGUUUUCUUUCAUCCUUUGCUGAUCCACGGGUCUGGUCGGAACCAAACAAAGGGAUUCCGGAAGGCAAUUUCCUGCCAUUUCACCUGUGCGGAUAGCUACUACAUUGAUGUGAAGGGCACCACUCAAGAAAACAUCGAGAAGGAGCUUAAGGGGAUAAUAACUGAAGGCUAUGAGCUUGAUGACAGCAUCACCUUGAAGGACAUAUGGAAGUUCCAGGCUCGUCUGGUGAAAGGAGAAAGAACCAACCUUUGAAAUAGCCCUUUGCUACAACUCUUUUAAAGGAAACCAAAAUGAAACAAGGUGUCUAAGGACACCUUUUUUUUUGAGACAGAGUCUCACUCUGUUGCCUGGGCUAGAGU